UAUUUGUUGUACUAUGAAAAUUACUAGCAAAACGAACGUGGAGGGGGUCACGGCUUCUUUUUUUCCCUCCCAGAAACUUCGUGUUUGGUUCCCAAGAAUCUAAUCUUGCCGUAGUUGGGCGAUUGUAGAGAAGUUUCUAGCGGAUCAAAUCGACUGGUUUCUUUAGUAGAAUGCACCAUGCAGCGACUAAGAGGUUCAGGAAGCUCAAUUUUUCGUUAUCUCCGUUUCAAGGGGAAAGCUCAAAAUUCAUGGGCAGCUGUUCAGGACACUUAUUUCUCUACCAAGGAUAUAUUUGAAAGGCACAGGGUGGUAUUCACGGUUGGAACUAGCAUAGCAUCAGUUGCUACUGCAUGUGUUGGAUAUUCUUUACGGCACCUCCAUGAGACUAGAGUUGAUCAAAGGCUUGAAUCGAUUGAAAAAGCUAUGAGAAAAAAUCAUGGUAUUGAACAUUCAGAAAUUAAAAAUAUUGUUGACUCAGGAAGUUUGAGUCUUCCUGCUUUUAUAGCCACUGCUGGAACCACGUUAAUUAUUGGGUAUGGCUUAGGUUGGCGAGGUGGAAGGUUGUAUGCACAUAGACAAAUCAGAAGGGAGCAAACGAAAUUUAUGGGGCAAAUAAAACAAAAAGUUGGCAAGUACUUGGGAAGGUGAAACCUAGAAGGGGUCGCAAUUCCUGUUCCUUAGAAGGUCAUUAGACCGUUCGAAAGCUCCAGAGAGUGCAAGUAAAGCAAAGAUCGUGCUCCUACAACAUAUAAUUCUAGAGAAACUUAUCAGUCUUGUUAACAAACAGUAAUUAUGAAACGAAAGUACUGUUUCCUGAAAUAGUAUGAUGGAAAAAAUAUUACGUAGUUACAAAUCAUUAUAAAUUUUUUUUUUUGUUUUUUGUUGGGGAUCAGUAUCACUAAUUUCAUUGUAAGAAACAAGGUCAUUUAUAUGGAGAAGUAAUAAUAUUACUUUC